AUGGACCGACACUUGCAGAGUAUACCGAAAGACCUAGUGUUUACUGCACUCGAAGCGUUCUGGCGUAAAUUUCCUGAGCUGAGGGUCAUUCACCCGUCGUCAUUCAUGCAAGACUAUGGGUCAAAUUGUUCAAGGGAGAGCAAGGCACUGCUCGCGACAGUACUCGCGAUGACCAAGACGCAGAACCCAGACUCUGACCGACUGCGGACGCAGAUAUUGUAUCCUAGUGAACGGUAUGCCGUGUACGCCUCUGAAAUCCUUGCGGCCUGCAUACUGCAAUCGCCAGACGUCAAGGUUAUACAGGCCUUGCUCAUACUGACACUCUUUGAAUGGGGUACCCGGGACUUUCACAAGGCUUGGAUGCAUUGCGGAAUUGCGAUCCGCAUGAUGCAAUUGCUACACAGCUCUCGUGUCGCGCCCUUUCCGCUCGAAAUCCCGCAUCGCACCGAACCCAAUGACUUGACAAUGGCUAUUGAGACCCGGACAUUCUGGGCGUGUUUUGUCAUGGAUUGUAUGGUUAGCUCUGGGACCUACAAUCCGCGCGUGCUACCCAAGCAGGAAAUGGCCAAGCUCAACGUCCCUCGACCCCCAACAUCCACCGAGUUCGCGCUUGGUUCCGGCUCGGUAGUCCAAUCGGAGGACAACGACAGCAUCCUGACACCAGGAGGUAGCAAGACGUCCGUGUACCUUGAUCUCGAUAACAGCUUCGGGGUGAUGGCUGAUGGGUUCGACAUCUACUCUGACUGCAUGGCCUUUGUCUUCAACGAUGGACGAAGAGCACCAGGCAUGUGCCUGCCGGAGAACUGUCCGUGGGUGCCUACGUCGCCUGUCGCGAGUUGGAGACGACGGUUAUCAGAGUGGAGGGCGAAACAGCAUCAUCGACUACAUUACCCUGAGAACAGUGUCGUUGCUCAUGCCACAUUGGGAUACGGCGAGUCCUUCGUAUACCUGAAUCUACUCUAUUACCAAAGGGAAUACUUUCCCUUUCUUCCAGCACUCGAAGAUCCGCCCAAAGGUCCUAUCGACCCGCCUCUAUUGGAGGACGAAGCGCCUCCCGGCUACUGGGACGAAAGCGCCCGCGAGUUCUUUGGCGCCGCGCAGCAUCUAGGCAGCAUUCUCCAAGAAGCCUCAGACUGCGGAGUUGCAGUGAUGACACCAUUUGCUGGAUUUUGCGCAUUCUCUUCGUGCUUUGUCAACCUCUAUGGUUUCACCUUCCCGCGCAUCACCCUGGGCUACGCACCAAGGGCCGAGGAGCUGAUGAACACCGGGAUUGAAUAUUUGAAAAGCUUCAGUGAAGUCUGGGAUCUGGGCGACGGCUGGCUCAAAACAAUUCAAAGCGGAUCAUUGAUGUACAAAAGGGUGAUAUCUAAUAACCACAGAUACCGUGGUCUGUCGCGAUUCAACUUCAACGUCCUCCAUCAAUCCGUACACGAGUUUAGAGUCGUGGAUAGAUCGGCGCAGCACCUGGAAGAGAUCAACAACGCCGAGAGGAACUCGAUGGGCACAGCAGAAGGCGAUAACUCGAGCGACAAAGAACAGCAAAACCCUCCUGCGUUCAGCGCUCAGGCAUUGAUAGACCCGGACGGAAACAUUGAUGAUCAGGGAUUGUGGCCGAAUUGGUGGUCCAUGCUGGAGGAAGUGAAUGCUGCUGAGAUAUUCACGCUGACUUAG